AUGUGCCCCCACACUGCCAGCCCUCCUGUAAAUAUGUGCCAGCCACACCUGCCAGCUUCCCUGCAACAUGUGCCAGCCACACCUGCCAGCCCUCCUGCAACAUGUGCUGCCCUGAGAGCCCUCCCGCACCAUGUGCCCCCACACCUGCCAGCCCUCCCUGCAACAUGUGCCAGCCACACCUGCCAGCCUUCCUGCAACAUGUGCCCCACACCUGCCAGCCCUCCUGCAACAUGCCAGCCACACCUGCCAGCCCCCUCCCGCAACAUGUGCCGUCCACACCUGCCAGCCUCCUGCAACAUGAGCCGUCCACACCUGCCAGCCCUCCUGCAACAUGUGCCAGCCACACCUUACGAGCCCUCCCGCAACAUGUGCCGUCCACACCUGCCAGCCCUCCUGUAA